AUGCUAUGCUUUACAGUUGCGUCUGGGACGAUAGAUUGGAUUCUAGUUGAUCCCCUCAAAUCCGUGUACGCUAAGAAUGUUACCCACAAAUCAAAAUAUUCAUCGGCAUCGUAUCAGUAUGGAAUUCUGCGCAAAGGGUAUAUUCGAUUAGUUAGUAUCAAGGCUGGAAAUGCGGACGAUCCGAUUGAAUUGGAAAUGAAUCAUGUCAAAUUUCACCCAGUGGCAAUCUAUGGGGUUCUUCCUUCGUUCUUCCCAAAUGUACCCACAUAUGAAGCUCUAUCAUAUGCGUGGGGCGAGAGUGAGGAUACCGUACCAAUAAAAUUGAAUGGCCAACCUUUCAAUAUCACAACUAAUCUCCACUCCGCACUUCUCGUCCUUCGUGAUAAUUCCAACCCCCCCUCAUUGUGGAUUGAUGCCAUCUGCCUGGAUCAGAAUGAUCCAUCUGAAAAAGAUAAACAACUACGCAUCAUGCAUCUAAUCUACAUGAAUGCUACUCGUGUACUCGUCUGGCUUGGCGCAGACGACAAAUCGGUCGAUCUACAUGCUGCAGCCGAGAUUAUCUCUCACUUCAGGAUGAAAAAGAGAGAAUUGCAAAGAAAGGCCCAGUCAAUAGCUAAAAAGGAACCUUCGGCUGAUUUUCAAGUGUGGCUGCAGAAGUGGGUCAACUGCGACUGGCAUACUGGGCUGGAGUAUGUCUCUGGCUGGAAAGCAGUGCAGAAUAUACUCGCUCGACCAUAUUUCACGCGAUCCUGGAUAAUCCAAGAAAUGGUGUUAUCUUCCAAUCGAAAAAUUAUUGUAGGCGAUCACGAUGUAACGGGUAUUCUCGACCUUGUUUCUGUCAUCCACAUUUUCCCCCAGAUUGAGAAUCGAAUUCCUGCCCAGUACCUCAACGAACCGGACGUCAUACCGCGUAUCUACGAGCUAAGCUUGGCCAUGCAGACAUACCGGACUGCCUUGAAGUCAAUGUAUGUCGUUCCUGGCACCAAUCGUGAGUUCAAGCUUGCAGGGCAGAAUGGACUCAAUUUAGGAGAGCUUCUCGCUAGGUUUCGAGGCAAAAAAUCUACGUUACCAAUGGAUCAGGUGUAUAGUGUCUUGGGAAUGACAAUAGACGCCAGCAUUAUGUAUAAAAUGCCUUCCUGGACAUCCUGGUCUAGGAAACGACCAACACAACGGCUUCCACAAUUUAACCACAGGCAGUCGUUAAGGAAACUGUGUACCGACACUACGCGAUAUAUCCUAAAAGAGGAUGGAGAUCUAGGAGCUCUGAGAAUGAUUAAUACGCAUGCGAAGCCAACAAAAGAUAAAGAUUGGCCGUCUUGGGUUCCGGAUUUCUCAUCCCCGUUGCCGGGACCAGGUGAGCCAGAAAGUAUGCAAUGGAAUUUAGAGUCUUCAACAUUUCCUCAAAACAAGAAUAAAUUUUUUGUUGAUAGAGGUAGGUUGGUGGUAUAUGGACAUGUUCUUGGUGAGAUUGAAGAUCUUGUUGGAAUAAUACAAAGAAAUGGAGAGUACUCCAAUAAGACGGGUGACAGACCGAGUGAGUUGAAGAAGGAAAAUUUGAGGUUGAGCCAAUAUAGGGAUGGGUUUGGAUUUUUACCGUUGGCGGUUUCGAGAGAUAGUGAGGGACGGUACGUGUUUGGUGGGACGAGUAUGAGGAAGGGAGAUUUGGUAGUUGUAGUUGGUAAAGGAAGAGACCCAUUGAUUCUGCGAAGGCUGGAGUAUGGCGAGGAACCAGGAGGCGAAAGCAGGAAGGAGAGUACUGUGUACCAAUUAGUAGCAACAGCGAAUAUACCGGGUAUCGAGAAAAUCCAGAAGAAGCUUGCUUUGGAUGAUAUACAAUGGGAUGUCAAGAAAAUGAUUAUAAAGUAA